UGAAGAAUGAACGAGUUGAGGAUAUGGAAGCUGUUGAACCAGUAGCAUUCCAGGGAACUGAUGAUGUGGAAGUGAAAGAAGAGAAAUUUGAAGAUGUCUUUGAACCUGAUACGGCAGAUGUGGAACAGAUAUAUGCCAAUCAGAAAUUACAUGAAGACUACCCACCUGAUAGAAUGAGGCUGCUUUUGGCACACAAGGCUGCUGCAAUUCAACAUGACAUCAUUUCUGCAUGAAGUCAUUGCCGCAUGAAGGAAAUCGGAGGGGGACCAUACAUGUGCACACAGCAUAUUUAUGACUUCAGACCGGUGAAUCCUGGCUGACAGUUGUGGCACCAGAAACAGGCCACCCGUUGGAGAUGCUCCAAAUUGAAAUCAAAGAGGACGAAGCACUUGGGCCAAAAGAAAAAGUGUUAAACAAUGCAUGGUUACUGCAGAGUGCUUCUGGAAAAUGUACUGAUACAUCAGGAGAAGGUCUUACAAAUUCAAGUGGCGUUAUCAGUGUUGACAGUUUGCAACCAUCAUCCUACAUCUGCAAACGCUGUGGCAAGAUAUUUCCUGAUGCAAUAAGCUUGAGAAAGCAUUCUUUGAAUGAUAAGAGGAGACCAUUUGUGGCAGCAGGAUUGGAGACAUUCAAAAGUGUAGCAUUGGAGUGGUGGUUUUGUGAAAUAUGUCAAAAAAGAUUCAAAUCAAAAGACUUCCUGACAGUACACAUGUCAGAACACGCUACAGAAAUUGAGACAACUGCUUCAUCUGUGAGUGAAGAUGCUGAGGCUGUAGAACGCAAAUGUGAGCAGGUAAAACCACGCCCAUACAAGUGUGAAGUCUGUGGAAAAUCUUUCACUGAAUCAUCCAGAUUGACAAGACACGCAAAUUCACACUCGGGUGUGCACCCAUAUAAAUGCAAUUUGUGUGGCAAAUCUUUCAGACAGUUAUGCCAUCUGAAACGACAUGAACUUAUACACACUGGGGAACUACCAUAUAGUUGUGAUGUUUGCGGCAAAUCAUACAAUAGAUCUGACCGACUUGAGAGUCACAAACGCACACACACAGGGGAAGUGCCUUACUGCUGUGAAUUCUGUGGUAAAGGUUUUAAAGACCCUUUCAAUCUCAAGAGGCACAAACGUCAGCACACUGGAGAAAGACCAUACAGUUGUGAUAUCUGUGGAAGAACUUUCACUGUGUCUAUUCGUAUGAAGGAACACAGGAAAAUUCAUGAAAAAAAGAAAGAGUAUACUUGUGAUGACUGUGGUGGAACUUUUACAGAAUCUCAUGCUUUAACUGUGGUGAGACGUGAUGGAGAAAGGAAACGAAGUUGUGAAGUUUGUCGUAAACAGAGUGGUAAAUUUAGGAGACGCAGGCGAGCAGGAAUGAUAGGACCAUUACCAACAUUUGACUGUGAAGAUUGUGGUAAAUCUUUUGAUCGGUUAAGUGGGUUGGAAAGACACAAACGAAUGCAUACAGGAGAACGUCCCUUUGGUUGUGAACAUUGUGGCAGGUCUUUCACUCAGGCUAGAGGUUUGAAGAGUCACAUAUGUACUGAUACAGAAGGGCCACCAUAUAUCUGUCAAAUUUGUGGUAAAAGUUUUGACAUAUCCAGUAGUCUUAAGAAACAUAACACAAAGAAACACAAAAUGUAGUAUGUGCUUUUUUUUGUGAUACUUGUUCUAAGUUGUGAAUUUUGAAGCACUAGCACAAAUAGCGGUGAAUCUAUGUUAUUGUGAAAUCAGCUUGUGAUAUGACUCUGAUUCUGCUGCCAUAUCCAUCUUGUGGUCUUCAUAUUGACAGUUGGAGGAAUUCUGUAAGCUUCAGAAACUGAAAGAGCCCACAAAUAAACAGAUUGGUGCUGUACAUUUGUGUUAACAUGCACUAUUGUUCUUAGCUGUAAAAAGAAGUUGGUGAUAUACAUUCCACAGGGAUUGUGUUGCUUCAGUCUAUUAUGGUGGAUCAGGAGAGGUGCUUGCAUUAACUUCUACAUUUUUGGGUCUUCAGAUAAUAAUACAGUAAAACCUGUAAUUGAUUAAAAUGAUAGCUAACAUUAUGAAUGUGACUUAAAACAAAGUGUUUUAAUAAAGUGUAUUGUUAUGGAAAAUUAUACUGCUACUGGUUCAACAUAUUUGGAGAUAAAUUCUCACACUUUACACCAAAGUGCUGUCAGAUUUUUAAAAAAGGUUUCACUGUUGGUACUCUGUUUUAAGACUUGUCAGUUGUAUAUACAGAAGAAUGAUUUGAUUUGAUUUCUUUAUUAAUCCGUGAAACAAUUUACAUUGUAUGGAUUUCGUCAUUGAAUAAUAGACAAUUUAACAGUUCUCAUUUGUUUCUUACACAAUAGUUGACAGUGAAAUUUUCUUAUAAUCUAAUUUACA